UGGCGGCGGCCCGGGCCCCGCCCGCCAGGUGAAACGGGCGGAUCACGUGGGGGCAGCGGGCGCCCGGCGGGAGCGGCGGCGGCGGCGGCGGAGCAGCGGCGGCCAUGAAGCACUACGAGGUGGAGAUCCUGGACGCCCGGACACGGGAGAAGCUCUGCUUCCUCGAUAAGGUGGAGCCUCACGCCACCAUCGCCGAGAUCAAGAGCCUCUUCACCAAGGCCCAUCCCCAGUGGUACCCGGCCAGACAGUCCCUGCGCCUGGACCCCAAGGGCAGGUCCCUGAAGGACGAGGACGUGCUGCAGAGCCUGCCCGUGGGCACCACCGCCACCUUCUACUUCCGCGACCUGGGGGCCCAGAUCAGCUGGGUGACGGUCUUCCUGACGGAGUACGCGGGGCCGCUGCUCAUUUACCUGCUCUUCUACUUCCGCGUCCCCUUCCUCUACGGCCCCCGCUACGACUUCACCGCCAGCCGCCACCCCGUCGUUCAGUCAGUUGGGGGGGCCGGGGGGGGGGGCAGGGGGGUUUUGGGGGGCUGA